ACCUGACGCGACUUGUACAAUAUCAGCUCAAGGCAAUCCCACCCCAGUCCUGUGCCCAAUAUCCACCUCUUGACUAGCCGCCCUGCCGUUGCCCACGUCGUCUCCUACUAAUCCGCAGGAAACGAUGGCCGGGGAUGACGACACCUUCGAGAUUGACAUCUAUGGCGACGAGCAGCAAGAACCCGAGGUGCGCGCACAACCGGCCGAAAGCCACCCAAACGGCGGCGAACCGGUUCCCGAUCACGCAACACCUGAAACACGCGUGAACGGGACCGCCCGAUCUGCGACCGCUGACCCCACACCAACACCCACAGACGCCUCGCACCCACCAAGACAAGCCGCGAAACGCAAGGCGCCCGACGAAAACGACGGCGGUGACUCGCUCCCUCCCCAUCACAACGGCACAGCACCCGCCUCAGACAACAACAACAACAACGACCACCAACAAUACCCCGACGACCGACCCCUGGAACCCGGCGCCACCCCGGCCCUCAAACUCACCGACCUGCACUGGUGGACGACGGAAGAGGACCUCCGCUCCCUCUGCUCCCGCGCCGGCGUCGGCGUAGUAGAAGAAGAACUCCUCGACCUCUCCUUCGCCGAGCACAAGAUCAAUGGGAAGAGCAAAGGGGAGGCGUAUCUCGAGUUCGCUUCCCCGCAGGCGGCGAGUGCCGUGAAACGGGAGGUUGAGGCGGCGAGUCCGGUCAAGUCGGCGGGUGGGGUGAGGAAGACGCCGUUUGGGGUGGUGUUUGCCGGGGUGGGGAAUCCGUUUAGGACGGUUGCGGGGGCGGGGGGGAAGAAGGAGUUUGGUGGUGGUGAGAGGGGGGUGGGAAGGGGAGGGGCGUAUAAUGAGUUUGGGAACCGGGGGUGGGAUAUGAGUGGGAUGGGCGGUGGUGGGAAAUGGUGGUGGUGGUGGGAGUGCUGGGGGGAUGCAGCAGGGUGAUGGAAAUAAUAAGAGGAUGAGGAUGGGUUAGGUUGUCAUGUUUUUGGAUCUGGGAUGGUGUUUUGUAUUAAAACUGGUGGGAAUAGGCUGGGUCUCCGGGCAUCAUGAGGCUGGUGGGCUGGCGUUGUGGCUGAAGGCCACGAUGGUGCAUGUGGGCAGGGCGUUCGGGGGAUCAGCACAUGGCAUAUGGCAUACGGCAUACAUUGCCGGCAGGAACGUUGACUACACCGUCUGGACGACCACAACGUCGAAGUGUAACCAUAAUGGCUAGUACUGUACCGUUUGUAACUGCUCCAUUCCCGAACCCGUGCCGAGUCUUCGCUAGCUACAGUAGUCAGGC